UAAAGAUAAAAUGAGAGAAAUAGAACAUAUAACAGAGAGAGAUAGCUAUAGUGAUCUUUACAAUGACAGUAUGAGUAAUGUUAGUGGAGAUCCAGUGGGUUUGUUCAGAAUAAGUUUGGAAAAUGUAACGCCUACUACCUGGUCGGUAAAAUACGAACAGAAAGAAGGUAGUGAAGAAGUCUGGGCGCCUAUUACUCUGUUAUCAAUUGUACUGUUUCUUUACAACAUCGGUUUGGGUUCAGUUCCGUAUGUCCUGAUAUCGGAGUUGUUUUCGGUGAAUGUCCGAAGUCUAGCAUCGAGUUUCCUCAUCAGUUGCACUUGGCUUAGCAACUUCUUACUGCUACGGUACUUCGGUUCAUUGGCCUCUUACUUGGGACUUCACGCAGUAUACUACUUGUGCGCCAGCAGUACGCUGCUGGGGACAGCAGGCUUAUACGUACUGCUGCCGGAGACGAAAGGCAAAUCUCAAAGUCAGAUCGAGGAGGAACUGAACCAGCCUCUACUGAACUGGAGGAAGCAGAGAAAUGAACGAUGACAGAGCGCUAAUAGGUUAUUUGUCGAUUUGGAAAAGUUUUAGCGGUUUUUAAGAUAUUAAUGAAAUGCUCCUUUGAUGUGACAAAAUAAGUACAAAGUUUGGAUGUAUUUUUGAAACCAUUAAUUCCCAUUGGAAAAAAUGUCUUAUUUUUCUAAAAACAUGUGA